UACGGAAGGGCGUGGAAAGUGACAUUUGCCUUACACCGUACAACUUGCCAAAGUAUACCAAUUACUGACCCCAUUUACCUCUCAUCUCGAUACUCUGGUCUCUAGCAACACCUUCUCGAUUUAAACGUAUUACGUCGCAGCCAUGACAUCUGUAUCUGCCCUCAAGAUCCAAGACACCAAGCUAAGCAGCCUCGGCCUCUCAAAGUCGAUUGUAAAUAAGGAGAAAGUCUGCUGUUAUACGCGUUCUCUAGAAAACGCAGACGACAGGAAUCCCAUACUUGUUCUGAUCCAUGGCUACCCGCAGUCAGCUUACAUGUGGCGACAUUUAAUCCCCCAGCUUCCAUCACAGGCACCACUCUUCGUUCCGGACCUGCCCGGUUAUGGCGCUAGUCCACCAAUCGAGCGGAACGAUAAAUUGAGUGUUGGAACGGCAGUACUCGAGGCGCUGAAGACAGAGGUCAAGAAGAGUAAGAGUAAAGACGGGGACAUGAAGAUUGUGCUUGUCGGGCACGAUCGUGGAGCGAGAGUUGCGCACCGCCUUACCGUCAGCGGGGUAGACGGACUGGACAUCCUUGGUGUUUGUCUAAUAGAUAUCGUCCCGACUUCGACACAAUGGCAACAUUUUGCCUCCCCAGCUACUGCGGCGAAGGAGGUUACGGGGUAUUUCCACUGGCCGUUGCUCGCAAACGUGGAUUUGGCGACACGUAUGAUCACCGCUUUUGGGCCAUCCAACUGGUGUCAGGAAAUGAUCUUGCUUUGGUCGGGCAAAAGCAACACGGGUGUCGAGAAGCUAAAGGCUGAUGAAGCACUGACUGUAUAUGGCGAGUUCUUCGCACAGGAACAUACGCUGAAAGCAAGCUGUGAAGACUAUAAGGAGGGCGCUACGACGGAUGUCAAGGAACAGGAGAAAGAUCAGAAAGAGGGAAGGAAGAUUGGAGUCCCGGUGUUGUUGCUGUAUAGUGAGGCGGGCAUUGGUAGUAGAUUCAACUUUCCAGAUGUGUGGAGGGAGUGGGUUGGUGAGGGCGUAAGGAUCGAGAAUCAUGGGCUAGGGGACGGAGUUGGACACUUUGGGGCUGAAGAAGCGCCUGAUGAGUGCGCGGAGGCUAUUGUAAGCUGGCUUGGAACAGUGGUUCGAUAGAUUUUAGGUACUCGAGCCACAUAAGCUUGUAUUCCGCUGCAUGUAAACUCAACCUCGGAAGACCUCUGUAAUGGAGGCACUUUGAAAGCGUC